AUGGAAGGAAGGAGAAGUGGGGGAACAGAGGGUGAGGGGGGGGGCUGGAGGAGAAGCUCCAGACCAGGAGCGGCGGAGUCCUCCGACCAACCCAAGCCGGGGCGACGCGAUCAAACGAUCAGGUAA